GUUCUCUGAAUUACUAAAUCUUCCAAACUGCAUUUGACUUAUCUAUCACUUUAUGAUUUUGUGACUUCGUUCCGUCCAACUGUUCUUUCUCCCACUCUAUUAAUCCAUUUUCCACCGUCCACCUUCGUUUUGUUCCCACUCUCCACGUGUAGAACUAUCACGACAAGUUCACCUUUUUGCUCUGCACAAUAACAGACCACAGCUUUACUCAACCUCUACUCUUCGCUCAACCACUUCCCUUUUCUCACCACCACUUGCUCUUCUUACCUUUUGUCAACGAGCAACCCACGAGAAUCGAAUAACCUUCGUGUAUCAACAACGUCAGCAUGGAUGUUCCUGCGGAGUUCGACCUUCCGCAGGUCCAAACCAUAUUAAAUGCACUGAAGAACAUCUGUCGCGAUUACCCCGCUGGAGGUUCUGUUCUCAGAGAGCUCUUACAAAAUGCUGACGAUGCCCAGGCAUCGGAAGUGAAAUUCUUUCUCGAUGAGAAUAGCUAUGGGACGGAGAAUCUGCCACCCAAGCUCGCUCAAUACCAGGGCCCAGCUCUAUUAGCUUACAAUAAUGCCGAGUUCAAGAAAGAGCAUUUUCAAAGCUUAUCACAGGUGGGAAAUUCGCUCAAGAUGGAGGACGGUGCGACUACAGGAAAGUUUGGUCGAGGUUUCAACUCUGUUUACAACUGGACGGAUUCUCCGUCUAUCGUAUCAGGUCAUCGCGUACAAAUCCUGGACCCUCAUCAUUCUUGGUCAAGCGGCGGGAACGGCUAUAACUUCGUAGAGCACUCUGAAAACUCUAGUCUGAAAGCCCACAUGACUGUUUAUCAAUCAUUUAUCAAGAACGCGAAGCAACCUUUUCCUGGCACCAUCAUCCGACUUCCUCUACGCACAAUCGAACAAGCAAAAGAAAGUGGGAUCUCUGAUCGGAAGAUCACGGCUCAAGAAAUGGCUAAUGUACUGGAGAAGUUUACUGAAGACUUUGGAAAAGAAGGUCUUCUGUUCAUGAAACAUGUUAUUAAGAUCAGCGUGAUUUCGAAUAUCACCGGUCUCAUUGAGAUUGAAGUGAUGAAUAAGAAAGCUGUUCAGUUAAACAAGACUAAAGUCAACGAUGCAAUCGUCAGCUUCUUGAAGAAUCCUUAUCAAGACUUCGAUUGUACUUUUGAAAUGGAAUUGAGAUACCAGAACCAAAAUAAGACAACCAAAAUGCGCUUCAUAGUCCACCAUGGUAUACAAGGAAACUCGAUGACAGAAGAGAUCCGUAACUGGAGCAUAGCCCAGAAAUCCUUGCCCUGGGUCGCAGUGGCUGUUCCCUUGCAGGUCGAAGAUAGUCCCACCAUACGUGGAUCUUUAUUCUUGGUGAUGCCAUUGCAUAUUCCAAUCAACCAGCCGGCUCUUAUUCAUGGCUUGUUCAGCAUUUCGCCAGAUCGAGCCCGAUUGUACAAAUCUCAGGAUCAUAGCUCGCAGGAUCAGUUACCGGCACAAUGGAACCAAUACCUGUUUAAUAGCUCAAUUCCACAUGCUUGGACUAAGCUGCUUAGCCACCUUGCUUUAUCUUUUCCACCUGACCCGUCAUUCAAGUAUUGGCCUUAUAAAUCCGAGGAUCCCGAUAAUUUGUCUAAGGAUGUGCUCUCUCAAGUGCUUAUGUUGAUUAAAGAUCAAUGCCUGUCUGUUUGGCAUACUGUGAAUGGUUACAUCAGUGCCGACGCUGGACUUUUGGCGACAGGAAAAGAGUCAGAAUCACUAAAAUUGACAUUGGCAGACGCCCAAAUUCCAGUUGUUUACAUUCCAGCUAGACUGAGAGAGGAAGUCAAGAGUCUCUUCUCGGAUCUCAAACUUGGACCUCCGACUCUGUGCAACUAUCUGCGUGGCAAGAACAGUUUGGUGAUUUCCUGGCCACAAGCAACAAGACAAAAGAUCCUGGAAUACAUCCUCCCUGUUCUAGGCUCAUCAGACCAUGGGAAAGGUCUAGCAUUAUUUCCUUUCGAAGAUGGCUUAUGCCGUUCGAUCGAUGAUCAUCUUGCUUUUGUACAUCGCGACGAGUUUGAGGCAGAUCUAUUUCAACAUGACUCUAAGCACAAUUUGGACAUAAAACAAUUUUCUCAGUCAAGCUUGAAAACUUUGAGGGACCGCCUUAGAACCUCGCAAUCUCAUCCUCAUAUCCGCCACCGUUCUGCUAGCGAUCUCAGAAAGUACGCUAUGGCGCACUCUUUCCAUAACCUUGACGUUGAUGCCGACAUGGUUGCUUUGAAUCCCGAUCAAAUAUCGUUUGCGACUAAGACUUGGACCUGGAUACAGAGAUAUUCGGAUAUUUUAAAUGAGAAUAUUGCUAGCCUAUGGCUGCUUCCUCUUGUAAAUGGCACAUACAGAAAAGUUAAGCCUCGCAGUUGCUGGGUCAUCACACCUCCACCCGGGCCACUCGGCGAUACUGUUCAAAACCUGGGGAAACUUGAUAUAGCUCAGAGUGAACCGGUGAUUCUCUCAGGUGGCACGGGCUUAGACAGAGGUUCUUUAGCAUUGUUAAAAACCACAAAGACUGGAGUAGCCUUGCAGGUUCACAACGGUGACAAGUUUCAUUUCUUAUUGCAAUGGCUCGUUCAGUCCCAUCUUGUAAUUGAGAAAGCAUCUGAUGAAGACAGACUUAUGAUCAUUGAACAUAUUGCAAAGGCUAUUGGAGGACAGCUUGAUCCGAAAUACACAAAUGAGAACCUGUCAAGCCUAAAGAAACUUUCAAUUUUUCGAGAAUUGACGUGCGGAAAUGAUGGUGAUCGUCGAUAUCCAUGGGUACGUAUGGAGACCUUUAAUAAGUCUGCAAUUGGGGUCAUCGACAGGAUCAUUCCCCUUCCCAUUUUCAAGGAUCACCAAUUUUUAGAUGCACAGGACACCAACAUCCAGAUAAUCCUUGGUUAUCAGAAACUAUGUGUGUGUAAAGAGAAGAUCGAGGUCUUGCAAGAUCAUAUUAUUCCAGCUUGGAAGGGACUUCAAAAGUGCACUUGGUCACCAUCGUCCAAGGCGCAAACUGCAGAGUUGAUGCUUCAAGCAUACUAUGAUUUGUCUCCACAAGCACAAGCGGCUAUGAUUAGCUUAGCAAUAGUACCGACUCAGUGUAUCGGUGGGAAUUUAACCGGCAAGUUCGCCACCGCUUCUGUUCUGAUAGAUCCCGAAAACAGCUGGCUGAAGAGCAUGUUCUUCAGUAAUGAGGAAGUAUUACCCACUGAUGACCAAUACGCGCGAUAUGGUUCAAUCUUCAAGAAAUUUGGGCUGAGAACUAAAGUUGACGAGUUAUUUGUCUAUGAGCGAGUCGGCAAAUUUUUGAAUUCUUCUCUCCCUAGAGAAGAAGUCCACAGUCGUGCUGAAAACUUGUUGAAGACUUCUUGCUCCUGGUCUCCAUCAGAAGCAACAGCCGCAAAAUACAAGCAAUUCCUGAAGCGCAAGUGGAUACCGGCUACUUUACCCGAUCGAAGCAUUGAGCUGGUUAGCCCGAGCGAAUGCCGCGGUAUUCAGGAUCGCUUGCGUGCAGACUGUAGGCUGCCUAUCUUCCCUUACACUGUAUCUCACCGAUGGGCCGAGUUCCUUGGAUGGAACAAAAUUUUACCUAGCGAUAUCUUACUUGCUCAGCUUGAUCACGGUGUCAUAAAAGAUGAAGGGGCUGUUGUCAAUGCCGUCCUUAAUUAUUUGAGAGAUAAUUUCCAAAUUGAUGCGGUUUCAGAAUCAUUGAAAACUCGUCGAUGCGUUCUCACAGAUAACGGUGUAUUCAUUACUGCUUCCAAGGCAUUCUUUUCUGGUUGCACGCUGCUUAGUCCUUUCCUGGGAAACGUCGAUAUCGGAUUCGCAAAAAUGCACGCAGAUAUCUUGAAAGCUAUGAAUGUCAGAACGAGGCCAAGAGAGAAAGAUAUUAUCGGUGUUCAAGCCCAAAUAGAGCUGUCUGGUCAUCCUUACAAAGAAUCUGAUAUCGAAAUUCUGUUGGAAACGAUUAAGAUGGCCAGCAAAUGCUCUAGAAAAUCUCUGGGGGGCUUGAAAGUACUGGACCAAGAUAGUAUUCUGUGCCCGGUUGAGGAUAUAGUUUAUAACGAUAUUCCUCUCCAAUCUGACAGGAUUGUCGAUAAAGUCAAAUUUACUAAUUCGAGAAUCUCUGAACAAACGGUAAAUAGCUUGUUCAUAGAGAGACUCAGUGAGCGAUUGAGGAAAGGAGAACUGCAACUCGCUGACGAUGAUGAUGACGACGAGGACUUCCAACAGUGCGAGGCUAUAACGACCAGUAUAUCAACCACUCUUGACCGCUACCCUAUCGAGAGUACCUUUAAAGAGUACCUAGCAAACGCGGAUGAUUCUAAAGCAUCAGCAGUCCACUGGAUGUUGGAUCCUAGGCACCACCCGACUGAAAACCUUCUUACUCCAGAGAUGAAAGAUCUCCAAGGGCCAGCUCUACUGGUUCAUAAUGAUGCAGUAUUUCAGGAUAGCGACUUCAAAGGUUUCAAGAACGUUGGUGUUGGCAGCAAACGAGAAGAUAGAUCAACCAUCGGCAUGUUUGGUCGAGGCAGCCAGACCAUGUACCAUUUUACAGACAAUCCAGUCUUGCUUUCUGGAGAUUAUUUGUUGAUCCUGGAUCCAUUACAGGCAUGCCUUCCUUUGAACAGAAAUUGGCAGGCACGAAAGCCAGGAGUGAAGAUUUUGCUAUCUAAGCUCAAGCAGGUUCACCCAAAUCAACUGGCUCCGUUCCAGGAUUUAUGGGGCUACGAUAGUGAUUCCGAUCAUUAUGAUGGCACAAUUUUUCGUUUCCCUUUGAGAAAUCAAGUUUCACCUCUAAGAGCAAGGCAAGAGCCCCCAUCGAUUGGUUCAGUCCGAUCGCUGUUGGAUAAAUAUUUUCAAGAAGCUCGAAUUUCCCUACUUUUCUUGAAAGGAGUUCGGGUAGUCAAUUUCAAGGGACCCAAAGAAAAGGAAUUGUUUUGGUCGGUGAAGAUGAAGAAAAGAACAUCCACGUCUGACUACAUACUUUGUUCUGCAAAGCAGAUGCUUGGCCUGGACAUUAUCGCAACUGAAGAUAAGUGGUGGAUCUAUUCGAUGAUCGAGGAGACACCUAGCAGCGAAUACCAAUCCAGGCUCAGAAAGAAUGUAGAGUACGGCAUUGCAGCAUUGGUACAGUCGGAGAAUCAACAGGAAACAAAAAAGCUAGAUCUACCGACGCCAAGGUUGUUUAGCACUCUCCCUCUACCUGAAGCAUCAAAUUUGCCAGUGCACAUACACGCUACAUUUUCUCUUUCCGGAGAUAGGAAUACACUAAUUGCUGGAGGCGAAUCAUCUGAGGCCGAGGGGUCGAAAUGGAAUUCGUGGUUAUUGGAAGAAAAAUUGGCAUACGCUUACUUCACAUUUCUGGAAGGUUUGGCCCAGAAGAUUGGCUCGAAUGUGUUCCAAUUUUGGCCAAGAAGAUACCCAGAAAAUGGAAAUCGCUUAGAACUGUUAUGCAAAUCUUUUUGGGAGAAGCUUCCGCACAGCUCAGCAAGGCUGUUUCCUCGGCGUGUUGCAGUACCUGGUGCAACAAACAUGAACAUGUCUGAGACGGUCUUUGAUCUCCUACAGCCUCAGUUUUCUAAGCAAAUUGCUCCAGUAUUAGAACAACUGGUGCCAAACCUAUCACCAAAUUUCCCUGCUCACAUAUCAAUCGGUAUCGAAUCGAUAGAUGUUGCUAAGUCCAUGGAUCAUUCUAGUUUACGUGAGCUCUUCAAGUCCAAGGGGGCUAGUGACUGUCUUCAGAAAGUAAUGGUUGGAGAUCCUUAUUUGAUUGGCAAUGUCCUGCGUGAGCUCAUCCCGAUAGGAGACUUUUCUUCGGAAGAGUUAGCAGAAUUAGACGGAUGCAGAUUGUUACCUCUCGCGGACGGAACUCUAGGACAAUUAACGAAAAAUCAGUCACCCAUGCCUCCGAAUACUCGAUAUUACUACACCGUUACGAAGGAAGAACUAAUGAUUUUUGACUUCGCCAAAAGUCUUGAAAUCUUUCCACCAAAUGUUGAUCCUUACGACCGCAUAGGCGAAAUUGUCAGAAAAAAAAAGUUUAAUGUCAUGGAACUGACAGUUUCCCAUGUUCCAGAGCUUCUAUCCAUGAAAUCUCAAGGAUCCAGGGUUGUAAAUGAAGUGACAGACAGUUGGUUGAAAUGUUUUUGGACAUACUGGAAUAAGUUAUCCUCAUCCACUGUGGAAGAUUUGUCCCAAAAGUCUAAAACUUUCUGCUCCCUGCCAUUAUUCAAAGCAAAGUGUGACGGUGUUUGGGGUUACUAUACCAUGUCGGAAAUGGCAGCUCUGCCAACUGUCAUUGAAGCAUCAAAGAUGUCGCAUAAGGAGUUAUAUGAUUGUAUUCCUGGUCUCUACAGGAUCAAACAAGAACUUAUGCCCGAAUCAAUUGCUGCUGCUGAGAAGUCCCUGGACUAUCAUGAAGCUCUGGGAAGACUGGUUAAUGCUUUAAGUAUGCUGGCUCCAGAUGAAAACUCAAUUGGGCGUUUGUUCGCACAAUCGGCAAAUGGAAAAGCUCUCAUUAAAUCAAAUCUCAUCAAGCUACUUCGAGAACUCAUCAUAUCCUAUGUAACGACAGGUCAAAAGAUUGAUAACAUUGCGUACUUGAAGCUCUUGCCAAUCUGGCCUGCAUACUUGCCGUCGAGCUCGGAGCGCGAGCACAUCGCAGCCUCAUCCGCAAAGUAUACCAAGCAACCUCAGCUUUUGGCACCCUGGAACAAGAAACUUGCAAAACUCAUCGAUUUUGAAGCCAUAGCCUUUCCAGCAGCCGAAAAAUGUCUAGAAAUGAUGUCGGUUACUUUGGUUACUGCUGAAAGCUUAUUUCAAAAUUUUGAGUCGAGCGACUUCCCUUCAACUUUACAGGCAAUGAAUGAGGCUGUCUAUACUCAAUUCGUUAGCACUUUAAUUGAAAUCGUACCUAAGGCGAGGCAGGAUUCAUCUCUCGUCAAAAAAUUGUCAUCCUUAGCCCUUGCGGCAGACACGAACGGUAAAAUGCACCCACCCCAUGAGUUGUUUGAUCACGAUGAUGAGAUUUUCAAGGCGGCGUUCCUAGAUACUAGCCGCUAUUUUCUUCAUGACUGUAUAAAAGCAAAAGAAUUCGAAACUCUAUGGUUCAAAAUUGGCCUUCGUCGACGAGAAAACAAUGGCUGUUUUAAGAUUCAAGACUACAUGGAGUGCCUACGAACUUUAGAAGCUUUGAUUAAAUCUAGUGACUACCGAAUACUCGUGGAUCCAACGUCAAGUAUACACGAAAGAAUGACGAAGAUCUUGUCGCCACUAAUUACUCCUAGUUAUGCCACGCAUCUAUUUGAUCACCAUGAUUGGAAUGCACUUGCACGCAAAAUGCUUUUCGUAGUCCGAAAAGAUAAUUCUCGGGAACCAUCUUAUCGACGAGAGAACAUGGAUAGAGUCUCAGAGUGCAGUACAGCAAUCCCAUUAUCUGACAUUGUUCUCUACAAACAUGCCGCAAUCUGUUGGAGCAACACACAAUUUGUGGUCCUGGAACCAACCGCAGAGAUUUUAAGCAAGGUGCCAAAACAUGGAGAGCCAUUCAUGAUUGAGGUCUGGAAGCACCUUGAGCACAUGGUAGAGAUAUCAAAGAAUAUCUUGCGUGCAAACAUCCCGGAUUUUUUGUCGGACCUUUUCGAAAUAUAUGACUAUCUUCAAAACAACCUUGUGCGCAGCAAAGAGUAUUUCGGGGUAUAUGCUCGUAGCUUAAAUCGAACUGAUCUCUGGCUCAACUUGGACAUCUCAGAUCAUAUGCAUGUCACCAUUGAAGACUUGCAGUCUUCAUGGAAGCCUCUUCAGCACCUCUUGCUCAUUAGCUCCACUGAUGCACCACCACUAGAGUGCAUUCGGCUUAGUUUGAGUCCGUAUGAAAAAUUGUUGAAGGAACUUGGCUGCAAGUCGAUUCAUCACCCUACCGUCGAGUUGCCCGCAUCCCAGUCAGCGCAAUCACUGGUUAGCAGUCUUCGUGGCCACCGCAAAGAAAAGCAGAUGAUAGAUAUCAUUUUCGUCGCAGAGAAUAUUCGCUUCCACGCGCACAGAGUUGUUUUAGCAUGCGCAUCUGGCUACUGUACCGCCAGCUUCUCUGGUCGCUGGCGUAAUGAUCAAGAGAUUUUCUUGGAUCUGAUGACGGCCCAUACUCUCCGUAUUCUCAUUGAUACUGCUUACGAAGAACCAAUCAACUGGGAGGAGAUGACUGUUGACCCGGUGUCCCCUCAAGAUACUGACGCUAACGACCAUAAAUUAGAUCUAUUACUGGAUUUACACAAAGGUGCAGAUUACUGGCAGAUGCUCGCACUGGCCAACCAAGUCGAGAGAAAGAUAUUGGAACAGUUCAGACUUUUUAUCAGAUUAGAAAAUGUGAGAGCGUACCAGGAAAUGGCUGCAGACUCUAAUGCCCCGGCCUUCGAAAGAGCAUGCAAGAACUUUUGCGAGGAGAAUGAAGCGGCUUUGAAGGGAUGGGAGGAGGCUGCUGCUGCGCUACAAGCUGCGUCUAUUGAGGCGAGCGGAGAUUCCUGAAGUGAUCUAUAGUAUUUCGGUGACAUUUAAGGAGUGAUGAGCAUAUGGGGGUAAAGAGCGAAAAUCGAGCGAAAGGAUAGCACGGUUUCUCUCAUCUGCAAAAUUUUGAAAUCUGGGUAUUAAUGACAUGAUGACUGAAUUACAAAUUGAACAGACAAGUACAACAUUCAGAUGUAGCUAGAUGAGAUUAUUGAAAUCGCAAAAUUGAUCAAGUUUAUUGAACUGAUAGGGCAUUGAAAUGGAUCCA